AUGGAAAGUUUAUAACCACAGAUUGAGAGAUUCGAUAACUCUCUGGCUGAACUCUCUCCUCAAAAGACUCUCAAUAUCAAUGUAGGUGUACUGGGUCAUAUUGACAGUGGAAAGACUUCUCUUUGUAAAGCACUAAGCACUAUUGCAUCAACUGCUGGCUUUGACAAAAAUCCCCAGUCAAAGGAACGUGGAAUCACUGUAGAUCUAGGAUUCAGUGCUUUUAUCAUCAGAAUACCUGAAUGGUUCAUGCAAAAGCAUUAAGAUAAUAUUAAAAGCUAUGAAUUCAUUUAGUUUACAUUGGUUGAUUGCCCAGGACAUGCCUCUCUAAUGAAGACCAUUAUUGGUGGAGCCAGCAUUAUUGAUAUGAUGAUGUUAGUAAUUGAUGCUCAGAAGCUAAUACAGACUCAGACUGCUGAAUGUAUAGUAUUAGGAGAGAUUCUUAUGGAUAAGUUGAUAGUGGCCUUAAAUAAAGUAGAUAUGUUUGAAGAGAGUAAGAGAAAUGAGAUGAUUGAGACUUAGUGUAAAAAACUAUAGAAUAGAUUUGGCUUUACUAGAUUUGGAAGUCAUGUUCCAAUCAUUCCUUGUGCUGCAGCUCCACGAGCAGGGAUUCAAGCUUAAUUGUCAGAAGAAGAGAAAAAAACUGAUAAUAUUGGUUAAGCUAUUGGUAUAACUGAUUUAAUAAAUUCUUUCCUAAAUAAUUUGGAAAUUCCAGACAGAGUGGUUAAGAAUUAGCCAUUUUUAUUCUCAAUAGAUCACUGUUUUUAAAUCAAGGGUUAAGGAACAGUGCUCACUGGCACAGUCCUAUCAGGUUCAGUUAAGCAAGGAGAUACCAUCGAGCUCCCUGCAUUAAAAUAAGAGAAAAAGAUAAAAAGCAUGUAGAUGUUUAGGAAGCCAGUGACAUCUGCAAAAUAAGGUGAUAGAUUAGGCAUCUGUGUGGCCUAAUUAGACUCCUCAUUGAUAGAAAGAGGUAUAGCUACAACUCCUAAGAGCUUGCUAAGUACUGAUUUAAUUGUGGCUUUGGUUAAAAAGAUCCCUUACUUCACAGAAGAGGUAAAAAACAAAGCUAAAUUUCAUAUUACUAUUGGCCAUUAGACUGUCAUCGGUUAAUCUAUCUUCUUUACUGCCAAAGAUCCCUCUGAAAUGGAUAACUUUGAGAUAUAAUUUAGUAAAGCUGCAUUGAUGAACAACAAAAGCGUAGUAUCACUAGAUACCUCAAUAGAAUACCAAUUUGUGAAUGACAUUAAGGCUUAGAAGCUAUAGCAAUAAAAGAAACCCUAGGAAGAAGAGAAAAAGGGAGCUUAAAGUUCAUAGAGCUAGGUGCCAAUAUAUUACUCAGUGAUAAAACUAGAAAAGGAAAUAUUCAUCCAACCCUAAUCACUAUUGAUUGCAUCUAAAUUAGAUAAAGAUAUAUCUGCUAAAUAAUGUAGAUUAGCCUUUUACGGAUAGGUAAUAUCUCUGGGCCAGAAUCAAGAGGCGUUGUACAAUAUAAGGAUAGCUAAAGAGAAAGUAAAAGUUGGGAAAAUUGAUAGAAUCAUGACCCCCUCUCAAGUAUUAGUAAAGGACAUCUUUAAAAAGGAGACAGCUCCUGAAGUGUUUAUGAAUAAAACAGUCACAUUGAUGGCUUUAGAUAUAGAAGGUGUAAUUACUGGUACAUUUGGGAAGAGUGGUAAAUAAAAAGUAGAUCUUAAAUAAUAGCUAACUGCUGAGCAGUAGGAAAUUUUAAUCAACACUGAGGUCUAGCUUAAAGUCAAAGUGUAUUCAAAGGAACUUGCCAAACUCAAUAAAUGA